GCGUGUAAAAACCAUGCGUUUGGCGGUGCACCGUGUGCAGUGAGCGUGAAAUAGUGCGAAAAAUGAAUCGAUUGAAGCUGAAACCACUGAAGCUUCCCCGUGAAGCGAACCAAACGAUCAGCCAACAGCCGGAAGAGGACCUCCCGAGCGAACGACAAGGAGGACCCGCUGCGAAACAGCAACCCUUCGCCAGUGUCACCAGCGGAAGUAGCGCAGGUUCAGUUGGGAGUGCCAGUGCUAGUAAAUCUACGUCCUACAGCUACGGCAGCCGCAAGGAAUCGUCGGUACGGUUUCGGCUCGAGGACGAGCUGCUCGGUAGCGGCAGCGAGCUCAGUGCAAGUGCGAGCAUAUCCGAAAGCCUCAGCGCGAACGAUAAUCAUGACGACGAUAGUCUAGAGAUUAUGGAAGAAAUUUUAGUUCCGGCCGAUGGCGAUGCAAACCACGACGAGGACGAUGAGGAGAAUGUUGGUGAAAUCGGUAGUGGUGCCAGUGUACCUACGGACGGUGGCCACAGUGCCGAUAGUAGCUCCAGCAGCUUGCAACCAGUUUCACUGAAUCGAUCGAAACAGAACGCUACGGGCGGUGGUUCGGUAGCCGAUCGAAAGCGCCAGCUGUUCGACAUUGGUGAAGACGACGAUUUGUUGCCGCGCAGUGCAGAGCGACCCGCCAGUGGUGGUUUGUUCGAUAUAGAUCGGUUGCAACUGUCCGGGGACGAAAUUGCACAACACUUUCACAGUGAGCAAGAAGGUGGUGAGCAGGAGAACAAUUCUUUCCGUGCACGGUCAAGAUCAUCGGAACAGGAAGAGUACGACGAUUCGUUCGGGCAGGCGGUUGGCGAACAGAGUGAACAUUCAGACGGUGGAUCGGCUAGUCGUAAGGGAGAGGGUAGACAAUCGCUGGAACUAGUGAAAGUGCAUCAAACGAAAGAAUUAUCGCCCCUCAACGAGGACGAUGUGCUGAUAAACGAUAGCAAGGUGAACUUGAACGCGUUAAAGCAGCGCAACCAGAUAAUUGCCCAGAAGGGUGGCGUAAAGUCGGAAGAAAAGAAUCGAAACGUGAAGCUCCACCCGAACGUGAUGGCGGAAGAAAGCAAUAACAAUAGUCAGGAUAAUAGUUUGAAUACGACGAACGACAUUUCCGAUCUGGCGCCAGAUACCGAGAGUGAGCGGGUUGGAAGUGUUGAGCUUGACGCGUCUAGUGGUUCGAUGAGAAGGAUGAAACUUUCCGCCGAGUGUAGAAGCCGCAGUGUGCCGGACGCGAUAGGAGCUGCAAAGGGUAGUGCCGGAGCACCGUCGACGGGGGCCUGCUUCACAAGUUUAGGGCCCAUGAAGAUGUCGGAGGCGCCUGGUGCACAAGCAAACGAAGAGACAGAAGGCAGCUCAUCUUCGGGUGGGAGUGGCAUAUCGGACGACUUACGCGAAAGGAUACUGACCACGAGCAAAUCGUUCGAGGAGGUUAAAGCGCACGGUGUCGCGGUGAUAGAAGCUCUGGACGAUAAGAUUGACCGGCCGGGUGUGGAACCGGCUAAACCGAUGGAACGUGUGCCGGCUGAUCAGAAAGAAGCGCUGGAAGACAUUUCCGAAGAAUCGGAGCAUACGAUAGGUGCCGGGAACUCGUCAAACACCGACGAUGAACGGCAGCAGAGGGUGAUGGGAGCGAAAGGAGCGAUCCAUCCGACAAAUGUUGUCGAACGAGGCAAAGAAAUGCGUACGAUUCUCGAGGAGAAGCUGCUCCAGAAGCAGCUGAGCGUGGAAGGUACGAUCUAUGAGGAUAAUAAGGAAAAUAUUCCCGAAGGAGGAGGUUCACUGAAAGUGACGCCGGAGUUUGACAGUGUCAUCAGCUUGAAGAUGUUCCAAACGAUGGAGAACGAGAUACGGAAAUUGCAUGAAAUAAUCGCCACCAAGGAUGUGCUGCUGAGUGCGUACGGGCGCAAGGACAGCGGGACGACUGGAAAGGAAGCUAGCAAUACCGGCGGUAGUCGGGCGGAAUCGUUGCGCGAGCAGCAACCGUGCCGAUCGCACAACAGCGAUUCGAUCAGCUUGGCCACCAACUCGACCGAGUAUCGUCCCGUCGGUGACCUGACGGACCUGGCCGGUGCUGUGAGCGGUGCGGAAAAGGACCUGUACGGCAAAAUAGUGGAGCGGAACCAAUGGAUUGAACUGUUGGCGGACAAACUGAAGGAAUCGCUGCAGGAUCGCAACCAGCUGCAGCAAGAAGGCGAAAAGUUAGCGACGGAAGUGAUACAGCUCAAGAGACAGUUAGCCGAAACGGUAGAGACCAUGAAGCUGAAGGCGCAGAGCAGCGGUUGGGGCGUUUUGCGGCCUCCGGACCAGGAAAGCGCGAGCGGAGGCGGUCAACGGAUAUCGGAAAUAUCGAUUGACCUGGUGAGCGAAACGGAAGACGGAGGGCUGUCCGAUUUUCCCGACAUCUACGACGAACCACCGCUCGGGUCUGCCGAGCACGGCUUGCAACCUCCCGGGUGUGGUGAUCUGUCCGAGCUGAAUCCGCUGCACAUUCCGCUAAAGAUAUCGAAACAACUCGAACAGUUCCGGCGCUAUCUUUCGCCCGACGAGGUGCGCCUGUUUAACAUGGUGCAGGGGAAGUUUGAUGAUUUCCUUACGCAGGAGCUGGAGAAAGUGCGCGACGGCGGUGAGACAGAAGCUCGGUUGCUGCGGGAACAGCUGCAAAGCGAACGAGCCGACAAGGAGCAGGAGGUUAACCGUUUGCGACAGAUGCUCGGCAGCGUGAAGGCGGGCUCGAUCGAGAUCGCAGCCUUGCGAACGGAGCUGGAAGCACGCCACACGCAGGAAAUGGCCGACUUGCGCACGUACUUCGAAAAGAAGGUGGUCGAGCUGGAGAAGCAGUACUCGGAGGAGGUGUUUUCCCAGCAAAGCCGCCGCCUGUCGAACGAUGACACGGCGUCGGAAAUAUCGGGUGCGGAAGAGUUCCCGGAGGAGAAUGGGGGCUACCAGUCGAAGCACACGAGUCCGCGGCGGAAACACAAGGAGGGCAUCUACCUAAGCCCGACCCACCGAAAGAUUACACCGACCACGAUCGAUGCAACGGACGCGAGCGCGGAUGAGGUGCUUGUGGUGGAAAUAAUUGAGGAAAAGGAGCAUCGUCAUCUGACAGCGGACGAGCUGCGGGAAUUUUAUCAGACCAAAAUCAAGGAUCUAAAUGCCCAGCAUGAACGAGUGUUUGCAAAUCUUCGUGAGAGGCUGAAGGUGUACGAAACCAAAGAACAGGAAAAGCACGUAUUGUCUAAUCAAACGGCAUCCACCUCCUCCGUUGUGAAGGAUCACUGCUCACCAAUGCUAACAAAUGAACCACCACCACCACCACCACCACCGCCUAUGCCUUCGGCCGAUCGACCUUCAUCACCCACCGACACCGCAGCCGCCGCAAACACUCAUGCCGGCGACGCACUACCGCUAACUAACCUCAGCUCAUCCGAUACUAACAACAUCCAGCGGGAGCAGCGGCAGCAGUUACAGCACCCGGGGUCGAUCCGACUGCAAACGCCAACGUUUGUGGGAGAGUUGGGAUCGGAUAUCGAUCUGCAGGAAAUCAUUGCCGGGUACGAGCGGCGCUUGCAAGAGCAGGUUGCACUCGCCCGGCAAGAUGUCCUGAAGGAGCUGGAAGUGCAGAUACAGACACUUCUGACGGACAGUUCGUUUGAGGAUAGCCACUGGCCGCCGGAGCUAGUGUUGCUGCGGGAAAAGUUCACAGCCAAGAGUCAGCUGGAAAUCACUCAACUGCAACUCAAACAUGAAGAAGAGAUGGCCCGCAUGAAGAACGACUUUGAGAAGCAGCUGCAGCGCAAGCUGAAGCGUCACACAACGUUCGAUUCUAGCCGGGGGCUCGAUAAAAUCAUUAGCGAGCGCGAUAACCUACGGGAGCUAUCGUCGACCCUGCGCAACGUGGUCGGUGGGCUGGCAAAGUAUUUCUCGAUAUGUGAAGAAGAUCUCAACAGCACGGUGCUGGAGGAGUUGCACCGCUGCCAGCAGUUGCAGCAGCAAGCGAACGAAUCGCUGCUGACGGCCGAUGCGACUGCUGAUGAAAGUCAGCUCGUGGGGGCCGCUGACUGUACUGCGCCGGAAAGCGUACUAAACGUCACCGAUAUGUCGUUCCUGGCCUCGUGCAAACUGUUCAAAUUCGCGCCGAACGUUUCGGGCAUCAUAUCGAUCAUUGACGAUCCAUCGCUGGUGGAGUACGUGUCGGCGAAAGGAACGCCAGGACCGGAGGGAGGAGAAGAUUCGGAACCGCACAACAUAUCACUCAAUCUGGAGGAGUGUAUGGAGCGGCUAAAAGCGGAAGCACUCUGCCUACUUUCCCUAUCGGAGCGUUUCAAGGAAAAAUGCACACCGAAAGACGAUGAGUCGGAUAAAGCGUCGGAAAAGAACGACAGCUGCGAGGAAGAGGAUGGUCUGAAACGGCGCCGGGAAACUGCCGGCAAGGCGCUCGAAAGUGCUCGAUCGUUUGAUGAAAACAUUGGCCGGGAAGUUACACCGGAACGGGAUGCAAAACCGACCGCCGCCAACAGUUGUCGCAGUCUUCCGAUCGAUCUGGCAGGUUUGCAGCUGAACGGGGAGCUGAAUAUGCAGCUGCACGAGCUGAGGAACCGGUUGCUCAAGUCCGAGGAUGAGCGCAAGCUGCUCGAAACGGAGCUGGCCGAAGCACGCAGCAAGCAGAACAGUCUGGUGAGCGAGCUGUCCGAAACGAAGCAACACCUGCUGGAGCUGAACAGCCAGCGGGUGGAGUUUAGCGAGGGUUACGGAACGAACGCACUGCUACCGACUGCUCAGCGUGUGCACAACUCGUUCGUGGAGCUGCAGGAGCGUGCGAAGGCGCUGCUGGGCAGCACAGGGGCAGAUCAAACGAUCGAGGACAGUUCCAUGUUGCUGCAGCUGGUGGAAGACUUCUGUCGCGAAGGGGAACGGUACCUCGAGGAUGGCAAGCGAGACCGGAUGGAUUUGCAAUCGCAGAUUGAAGCGGCCGAUAAACAGCUUAAAGCCACACGACAGUUCCUCGAAGAUCAGGCUGCCGAACGUGAGCAGGAACGUGACGAGUUCGUGAAGGAAAUCGAACGGCUCAAGGGCGCGAUGCGCGAGAAGGAAAAGGAUAAGGUGAACUUUGAGCGUGCCAGCAAGGAGGAGGGAUGCGUGAGCGACUGUAGAUAUGCAAAAGAAGGUCGGGCAAUCGCUGCAAACCUGGAAUCGAUGGAGCAGCAGGUAAAGGAGCUGGCGGUGCAGAUAGCCGACCGGGACGAUCGGUUGCGAAAGAUGGAAGCGGACCUGAAGGACUCCAUCGACAAGGGCUUCACGUUGCGCGAAAUUAUCUCCGAGCUGGAAACCCAGAUCGAAAGCAAGACAAUCAACGAGCAUGUGCUGGAGACGAAGGUGAAGGAGCUGGAGAAGUACAUCGACGUGCAGAAUCAGCAGAAUGAAUCGCUCCACCAGGAGAUGGAAAGCGUCAAGACGGAUUUGGUUAGUCGCGGGUACGACGAAAAGAUUGCCAAGCUGGAGGAGGAACUACGGCAGCGGCAACCGUCGGCAGAGCAGAGCAUCGUUCUGGAGGCACUUACGGUGCAGCUACGUGACAUCGAGGAAACGCUCGAGCGCAAGACGAAAAAUCUGGAAACCCUUCAUUCCACUUCUGGUGCAUCGCUUGGCUGCAGCAGCCCGUCGGAAGAUGUUUCCGUAAAUCAGGACAGCCCGUUGCAUCGGCAGAGGAAGGGUGGGUCGGCGGGUGGCGCGGAGGACGGUUCGUCGGGUGGUGAUAAACCGAAAGUAACGCCCCUGCCGGUCGAUGAAGUGCAACGGAUAUUCGACAAGCUGCAUCGGCACUCGCGGGUGGAGGAUGUCGCUAUCAAGCGCAUCAACGAUCUGGAGAUGCAAAUUAGCAACAUCAGGAGCGGUUAUGCGGAGCUGCAGCACGAACGCGAUGUGCUGCAGGAGAAAAUGUCCGAACAGUCCCUGAAGAUCUCAUCCCUUCAGACGAAGCUAGACGAGCAGCGAUUCCGGGCCGAAGAACUGCACCGGCAAGGCACGUCGCAGCUCACGGUAAAGGUGCACGAUCUGCAAAACGAGCUGCACAAUCUGAAGGAAACGCUGCAAACGCGCGACAAACAGAUCGUCAACCUGAAACAGUUUCUCGAGAACAGUCAACAGGCGAUCGCACGCCAAGAGCAGGAACUAGCGAUGAAUCUGGACGGUGGUGCGGAACGUAGCCAGCAGGAGCAACGGCUGGAGGCGGAGCUGAAAGCGAAGGAGGAAGAGAUUCGCGUGCUGAAGGAUCGCAUCAAGAACGAGAUGAUCAACAAGGCCACCCUGCCAGACCUGAUGGAGACGAUACUGGCGGACAAGAAUGAUGAGAUCGAUCAGCUGAAGGAACGGUUGGCCCAGUACGAACUGCAGGUGGUCGGGGCGGAUCAGGCGGGGGCGAAUCAGCGUAAUGGCGGUGCGCUGGCGAAGGAUGAUGACGGGGGACGAACGCUGAGCGAUGUCGUUUCGAUAACCGAUUGUGACGAAUCGGACAUGGUGAUGCGAAGGAUGCCGGACCAGAACGCACUGGGAGGUAUACUGCCGGCACACAGCAUUCCAAUGGAUUCCGGCUCAUCAUUGCUUCCGAACCAUUCCAAACAAUCAUCCAUCCCGUUGGGAGGACACAUGCCGAGUGGCGGCCACGAUUCGACCAUGCUCAACUCCAUCCCGCUCCGUUCGAACUUUUUCCACGACGUCUGUUCGGCCGUUCCGCGUGUGCCGGAUCAAACGCGCUGCAGUGUACCGACACCGGAGUGCGUCCCCCGCCAGAUUGACUUUUCGCUGGCCGAUGAUGGAUCGCCCCAGGUCGGUACCCACCGUCUGUCAGCACCCGCUGCACCGAUGUUAAUGUUUUUCGGUGCCAACACUACCGGUGGCAUCGGUCCGAGAUCGUUGGUGCGGGAACCGGCCGUCAUCGAGGAGAUUGCGGAAGGUGAAGAAACGUCCAACCAGGCGCUUGUGGUACAGUCUGCUCAACCCACCGCAGCUGCAAAGACCAACCUGGAGGGUGAGGUAGAGUCUUUAAAGUUAAGCCUAGAUAGGGUAGUGAAUGAAAAGAACGGCCAGAUCGAGGCAUUGAAAACCGAGCUGCAGACGAAGGUGGAGCAGAUGGAGGAUCUGCAGGUCGAGCUGGCCGCUCGGAACAAGCUGUACGAAGAUCUGAUGCACGAGAAGAAAGAGCUGCGAGACGAGGUGGAAAAGGUGAAGCAAGAGCUGUGCCGGCUGGAUCAGCAGGCUCACGAUAUGCAACGGAAAGAUGCCGAGCUGCGGGACGCGUUGGAGCAACUCCGCCAGAAAGAAAUCGAACUGGGUGAGAUGCACUCAAAGUACGAGAAGGUGCGCCUCGAGAUGGAGGACGUUACGAAGGAAGCUACCGUGCUGCGUGCGGAACAGCAACGGCAGAAGCUAGAGGUGGACACGCUGAGACAGCAGGUUGAAUCGCUGAACAAAACGAUCGGUCAUAAGGACGAGCUGAUGUCAAAGUUGGAGAAAGAUUUGCUAAACUAUAGCAAAAAUGAGGAGAAAUAUCUCGAGCAGUUGCGUUCGCUGGACACGAAGGAAACGGAGCUGAAAAUAAUGCAAGGCAACUACAAAGAUCGUUUGCAUGAGAUCGAGAUACUGAACGAGGACAAUCGUUUCCUGACGGAGGACAUAAACCGCUUGAAGAACGAAAUCGCGCGCAGCAAUAAUUCGCUCAGCUCAAACUCAUCGUUCGUCCAGGCAUUGAAGCAAAGCUGCACCAAGCUCGAGGAAGAGCUGCAGGAGACGAAGCUUUUGCUGACGGAGAAGAUGCUGGCCCUCGAACGGGUUCGGAUCGAUUUGAGCGGUUGCCAGCACGAAACGGAAGAUUUACGCGCUGCAUUGAAGGAAAAAGAAAUGAUCAUCCAGCAGAUCGGUGACGAUGGAAACAGUCUCCAUGAGGCACUGUCCAACAUUCAGGAGAAGAUGCAGGAGAAAAACGUAUCGCUCAAUAGUAAGCUGCGCGAGGAGCAGGAGCGUAAUGCGCAGCUGCAGUCGGAGGUGGAACGAUUGCGUCAACAGUUGCAACGUAGCGAUAACUCGUCCAGCCCGAAGCCUUUCUCGGUGGAGGAAAUCGCAGAACAGCUGGAGAAGGAGCUCAACUACUCCGCCCAGCUAGAUUCGAGCAUUUUGAAAGCGAUCGAAAGCGAUGAGAUGAACACGGACGAAGAACGGCAGGGUGGUUCCGGUACGUCGGGAAGAAAGGCUGGCCCGCGGAAGCCUUCCGAGCUGGACGAUUUAAGGCAGAAGCUGCAGCUGGAGCUCGACAAGGCGAAGAAGAUGCAGGAGCUGCUCGAAGGUGAGAAGCAAAACUCGGCCGCCAUCCAGCAACAGGAUGCAGAAAUUAUUGAAGCGAUGCGAAUACGGUUGGAAGCGGCGCUGGGCAACGAGAGCACGCUCCAGCGAUUGUUGGAAGAGGAGCGAACGAAAAGUGAGCGUCUUUCGCGCAUGGUUGGCGGACUGCAGCGAACGAAAUCGUUCGACAACUAUCUCCUGAUGAAGGGUAAGAGUUCACCGCAGGACGGAUCGCCACAGCGCCGUCUUAACCGGAGCAAUGAGUUCGAAACGGAAAUGGUGGCACGGUACGAGAGUGAGCUGAAGUUCCUGACCGCGCAGAAUGCACGGGAACGCGAAAGAACGGCCGAUCUGCAGCGAGUGCUCGAGCGGGAACGGGAACGGUUCGAGCGGGAAAUCACCGAACGGACCGAACAUGGCGAGCAAGUAAAGAAGGAGCUGAACCGUGUGCUGAAGGAGAAGGAAUCGCUCGAGCUCGAGCUAGACCACGAACAGGAGAAGCUAGAGUUGGCGCACAAGGAGAUCGAAAGCCUGGAGAAGCGUAUCGGUGCGCUGCAGGAAGCGGAAGCACUUCGGUCGGCACGCCGUGAGCGAACCUCCGGCCAGAACUCGCUCGAGUAUCAGGAACUUAAGCUUCGUCUGGAGGGCGUAGAGUUCGAGCGCAAUCAGCUGCGCGACACGGUGCAAAGUCUCCGCUCGGAGGUGGAACGGCGACGCGUGCGGGAAGCGCAUCUAACCGAAGCAUUAUCGCGCGAAAAUUCGCUUAACGCACAGCAGCAAAAUCAACCACAGCAGAUCGUCCCGGAGGAGUUCCUGAACAAGCUGAAGGAUCUGAACCGUAUGCUGGAAGCGAAUGCACGCGAAAAUCAGCAGCAGGCCGAAACGGUGCGGUUCAUGAUGGAGGAACGGCGCGCGUUGCAGCACCGCAUCCAGGAGCUGGAACGGUACCACGUCCACAGCAGCGGAGGUGCCCAGCACCAGCAGCGGGAAGAUCUGGAGGAGCGAGCGAAUCACCUGUUUGGGAAGUAUCUACGCUCGGAAAGCCACCGGAAGGCACUGGUCCACCAGAAGCGCUACCUACAGAUCGUGCUGACGACAUACGAGGAAAACGAAGCGAAAGCUCUGGCCCUACUCAACGCCCAGCUACCGCCCGGCCAGCUGGAAGUGCUUGCCCUGGCGAGUGGUCCGCGCUCGCUCGAAUCUUCCUCGCAUCGGUCGCGCCGCAAAUCGUUCCGCUCGAUCGUGACGGUGAUCGUGGCUGUCGAACGGAUGAAGUAUCUCGUCCGCAAAUGGCACGGUGGCCGACGGGUUUGUGCGAAGGCCAUCUUCUCGCAACCGUUCAGCCCGCGGCGCUCGCAGUCGGCCAGCACGAACGUGUGGGCCCGUUCGCCCGGCUCACACUUCGUGGAGUACGGCACGGCGGCAGGUGGCGGUACUGCUGGUGGAGUCGUGCGGCUGGAACGUGCCGAACCGAUACCGCCCCAGAUGUUCGGUGUUUCGGGCGGUGGCGUUGGUGGUGCCUUUGCGAGGACACUUGCCGUGCCGGUUGCAUCGCCAACCUCCUCGCUGCGAAUGUCGGUAGACGUGCUGGAGACGCUCCGGGAGCAUCAGCAUCCACAAACGCACCAGCAGCCACAGUACACACGGAAUGCUCAUGGCAAUCGAUAGUGGGGAUGUUAAGACAUCCCUCGUAUGCCUAGAAUUACUAUGCUGCCAGCACAAAAAAGUAGAAGGUAAAUGCCCACAUACAUACCCACAUACAUCCACAAAGAGGAACGACUCCUUUCCCGAGAGAGAGAGAGAGAGAGAGAGAGACGAACGCUUGAGAAUAGCUGUUAUAAAUUGGUACAAAAAAGUAUUAAUCUCCCCCAAAACAUUUAUACGUUAGGUAGCGGUAGUGAGCAAGACGAGACGAGAGACAUUUGUAAAUUUUGUCCACGAUAGUCCUCUAUCCGGCCAUAGUGCUAGAAUGUAUGUCAUUCGGCCUCAAAGCAAGAAAAGAAGCAAAUAAGAUUCAUAAAAGUAGGGUUAGGUUUGUUUGGACAUCAGAUUUGAAUACUUAACGAACAGCGUCCCCAACCUGUGUAAUGUUUUACAUGCAGUUCCUGUUUGAUUGAGUGGUUGUUGUUGUUUCUGGACCAUGUUGAGUAAUAGUUUAAAUCAACGCAAAAGACACACCUGGCCUUAACAGUGGUAUCACGUAGCGUAUUGCUCUUUGAUCUCUGUAUGAAGUACAGUAAUUCGCACCUGGGCGUCCUAGAAUGCUUGCACUGCCCCCUUUCCUUUUGUAUUAAACGAUUUGAGCAGUAUUUUGACCGCACGGUUGGUUGAGCAACACAUUUUAAAGAUGACAAUUUAAAGUACUAUAACGAUAAAGCACACCGGGAAACGGGAAAAACAGUGCCUUAAAAGCGCCGUUGCCAUUCUGACCAGUUUUCGGUUCUAUUCGCGUACUGAUCUUUAAAUUUGCCCUUUUUUUAAAACUAUUUUUGAAUUUCUUUUAAAUCUAACGUCUCGCAAAGAGGCGAUCACAGAGAUCCUUUCGCUUGUUCACAUCACUUAAACUGAUAUAGCGAGUGGAGGUAAUAUUAUUUCAUUUUCCUUUCCUUUUUUUGUUGUUGGUUCAUACCCAAAUGUAGACCACUGUCGGCACCGUAAAACCAAAGGCCAUCAAAAUGUCACAUCAAACAAGGCCAUACACUACUCAACAAACCCAUCAAUCGCAUAAGUGAAGUUGGAAUGUUUGUCUAGGCUAGCGAACUAUUUAUUAAUAGCUGUCUUCUCAACGACGCGAGACGUACAAGUUUUCUUUCUCAUCGAAUAGACUUUUUCGUAUUUCUCAUGACUUUAGUGUAAUGUUGAGGUUAGUUUACUAUCAUUAGCAAGACCAUGUGCACCACUCGAGGAAGGAGAACAUUUGUAAUAUACUACUGAGAAUGUUAAAUGAAA